CAGGGAGGGGGCAGGAGUGGGACCAGAGGGAUUGGCAGGGGAGGGCACAGUGCCUCUUCUCAAGCUUGGGCUGGGGGUUCAUAUCUGCAGAGCUGGACUGAGGCCAGGACUGUGCCCCCACCCUUUUGCGGGGAGAAGAACGGCCUGGGCUCAGGCUGCCUGCCAGGGCUGAUAAGGGGCCCUCUAGAGGCUCCCACAAACGGUUUAUCACUGUGGGGGGAACAGCCUACAGGGCUCCGGAGGGGGCACGAGCAUGGAUCGACUUUGGGGUCUACUUCAGAGAACGCAAAGGUUGUCCCCACGACCUUCUCAGACCAUCUACAAGCGUGUGGAGGGCACCCAGCAGUGGCACCUCGAGGAGGAAGAAGAAGACGGGGAGGAGGGGGCUGAGCCAGCAGUCCACUUCUGCCCCAUGGAGCUCAGGGGCCCUGACCUGGGCUCUCGAACAGGGGGGCAAAGCCUUGGACUCUUGGCAGCAACAGGACGAAGGGCUGCCCCCUACCUCAUCCUGACAGCCCUGCUGAUCUUCACUGGGGCUUUCCUUCUGGGCUAUGUGGCCUUCCGAGGGUCCUGCCAGGCGUGUGGGGAUGACGUGUUGGUGGUCAGUGAGGACAUGAACUAUGAGCCAGGCCCAGACUCCCACCAGGGCACACUGUACUGGAGCGACCUCCAGGCCAUGUUCCUGCGGCUCCUGGGGGAGGGGCGCCUGGAGGACAGCAUCAGGCAAACAAGCCUUCGGAAAAGGAUGGCUGGCUCGGCUGGGAUGGCGGCUCUGGCUCAAGACAUCCGCGAGGCGCUCUCGAGCCAAAAGCUGGACCACGUGUGGAUGGACACGCACUACGUGGGGCUGCAGUUUCCGGACCCGGCUCAUCCCAAUACCCUGCACUGGAUCGGUGCGGCGGCCGGGACGCUCGGGGAGCCCCUGCCGCUGGAGGACCACGACGUCUACUGUCCCUACAGCGCCACGGGCAACGCCACGGGAGAGCUGGUGUACGCCCACUACGGGCGGCCGGAAGACCUGCAGGACCUGCGGGCCCGGGGCGUGGAGCCGGCGGGGCGCCUCCUGCUGGUGCGCUUGGGAGAGAUCAGCUUCGCCCAGAAGGUGGCCAGUGCCCAAGACUUUGGGGCCCAAGGAGUGCUCAUAUACCCUGAUCCAGCUGACUUCUCCCAGGAUCCACACAAGCUCGGCCUGUCCAGCCACAGGGCUGUGUAUGGACAUGUACACCUGGGAACUGGGGACCCCUACACGCCUGGCUUCCCUUCCUUUAAUCAAACUCAGUUCCCCCCAGUGCAGUCCUCUGGCCUCCCUAACAUCCCAGCCCAGCCUAUCAGCGCGGACAUUGCCUCCCUCCUGCUGAGGAAGCUCCAAGGCCCUGUGGCCCCCCAGAAAUGGCAGGGGCGCCUCCUAGGCUCCCCUUAUCACCUGGGCCCUGGGCCAGGCUUGCACCUCAGAGUCAACAACCACAGGGUCUCCACCCCCAUCAGCAACAUCUUUGGCUGCAUUGAGGGCCGCUCAGAGCCAGAUCACUAUGUGGUCAUUGGGGCCCAGAGGGAUGCGUGGGGCCCAGGAGCGGCCAAGUCUGCUGUGGGGACAGCCAUACUUCUGGAGCUGGUGCGGACUUUUUCCUCCAUGGUGAGCAAUGGCUUCCAGCCCCGCAGGAGUCUUCUUUUCAUCAGCUGGGACGGAGGGGACUUCGGGAGUGUGGGCUCCACAGAGUGGCUGGAGGGCUACCUCAGCGUGCUGCAUCUCAAAGCCGUGGUCUAUGUGAGCCUGGACAAUGCAGUGCUGGGAGACGACAAGUUCAAUGCCAAGACCAGCCCCCUUCUGAUCAGCCUCAUAGAGAACAUCCUGAAGCAGGUGGACUCUCCUAACCGCAGCGGGCAGACCCUCUAUGAGCAGGUGGUGUUCAACAAUCACAGCUGGGAUGCUGAAGUGAUCCGGCCACUGCCCAUGGACAGCAGUGCCUAUUCCUUCACGGCCUUUGCGGGGGUCCCUGCCGUCGAGUUCUCCUUCACGGAGGAUGGCCAGGCGUACCCGUUCCUGCACACGAAGGACGACACGUAUGAGAACCUACACAGGGUGCUGCGGGGCCGCCUGCCCGCCGUGGCCCAGGCUGUGGCCCAGCUCGCUGGGCAGCUCCUCAUCCGUCUAAGCCACGAUCACCUGCUGCCUCUGGACUUUGGCCGCUACGGGGACGUGGUCCUCAGGCACAUCGGCAGCCUCAACGAGUUCUCUGGGGACCUGAAGGCCCGUGGGCUGACCCUCCAGUGGGUGUACUCGGCGCGAGGGGACUACAUCCGGGCGGCCGAGAAGCUGCGAAAGGAGAUCUACAGCUCGGAGGAGAGCGACGAGCGGCUGAUGCGCAUGUACAACGUGCGCAUCAUGCGGGUGGAGUUCUACUUCCUGUCCCAGUACGUGUCACCGGCCGACUCCCCGUUCCGCCACAUUUUCCUGGGCCGCGGAGACCACACGCUGGGCGCGCUGCUAGACCACGUGCGGCUGCUGCGCUCGGAUGGCUCCGGAGACCCGGGGGCCUCCCCCUCCCAGGUGACUCCGGGUCUGGGCUUCCAGGAGAGCCGCUUCCGACGCCAGCUGGCCCUGCUCACCUGGACGCUGCAGGGGGCCGCCAAUGCACUUAGUGGGGACGUCUGGAACAUCGAUAACAACUUCUGAGGCCCCGGGGCGGGGGUGGGGGGGUGGGGUGGGGGGCAGGGCUGGGGGGCAUGUGCCCCCAGCUCCUGCCUGGAGCUCCUGCCUCCCCGUUAGUAUUUUCUGGGUGAGGGAGGUGCCUAGUACCACCUCUCAUUGCUGACCUAUUUCUCAUUGGCCUUUCCCAUCUCUGCAAAGGGCCCAGCCAAGGUGCGGGCUCAGACACCCACACCCUGGCCCCACAGUAUAGGAGUCGGUGAGCAGUGCCUUCCACAGUGGGCCGGCAAUACAGUCAGCUAAUCUGAGAGCCUCCGCUCCCUCACUGCACAGCCCCUUACCCUUCGGGAGAGGGCCCCCCCUUUGGAAGGUUUCCUGGGCCCUGGGACAUAGCUAGCCCUCUUGCUGGGAGAAUGGCUGAAACCACAGCCUAGAGCCCCAGCAGGUGGUCUGUGGCAGGAGAGGCUGGGGUUUGGACCUUAAUAAACCAUCUGGUGACUUCUUGUUUAUAGGCA